AUUGACAAAAGUGUAACAAAAACAUUUUCAAAAACGUUUAUUAAAAACGAUAUUUAAGAUGGGUUGGGGAGAUAAAACAGAAGACAGAUCGUCUACUUUUGUAUGGGGGAAGAAAAUGGAAAAAGAAGGCCUUAAAAACCUUACUCGAAAAGAACUCGAGCAGUUAAAUCGAAGAAAAAAACAGGAAAAUGUUGAGGAACUUGAAAAGCUGAAAAAGCGUCGUUUAGAAAGGGAAGCACAAAGACAGGAAAGAGAGGAUGAAAUGUAUCAAGUUCAGAGAUCAAAAGAAGCGGCACAAUUUGAAGAAUGGCAAAAACAGGAAGAAACAUUCCACCUGGAGCAAGCUCGCCUACGAAGUAAAAUAAGAAUUCAAGAUGGAAGAGCAAAACCUAUUGAUUUGCUUGCUCAAUAUAUAAAUGAUCAAAACUUAGAGGAAUCGAUCGAAAUGCAAAUGCAUGAACCAUAUCAGUACAUUAGUGGCUUAAGCAUUGAUGAUUUAGAAGAUUUAUUGGUCGACAUCAAAGUUUAUAACGAACUUGAAAAAGGCGAGAAUGUUGGUUAUUGGGAAGAUUUGACUGUCAUAGUUGACGAUGACCUCAAGAAACUUAAAAAGCAAGAGUCUGAAAGAAAUCAACGUGAAGGAAUUCAUCAAAGUGUGGCAAAAGAUGUUUCAGAUAUUUUUCGAGGAAAAUCAACUACACAACUGAACGAACUUAAAACGAAAAUUGAACAUAAAAUUUCAAAUCAAACCGAUGGCCUCGACGUUGGAUAUUGGGAAAGUUUGUUAUCACAAUUAAAAGCCCAUAUGGCAAGAGCUCGAUUAAGAGACCGCCACCAAGAGAACUUAAAAAUAAAGCUUGAACUUCUAAGACAGGAACAAGAAGAAACUUUAGUCAAAAGAGAAGAAAGUGAAGAAGAAAUUUCUAUGAGAGAACAUCAAGAGUCACCACAACCAAGCACUUCUCAUGAUAUGGAACCAUCAACAUCAAAAGCAGCAAUUGAAACUGACACUGACGAAUCAUCUCAAGAUUCAAGUCAUCAUUCAACUGACAAAGAUGUUCAAACUGAUUUAAUUCAAGAAUGCUUUAAACUUUACGAUAAAGGAAAUUAUUCACCAAAGUUCCUGAAACCUUCAGAUUUAGAACCAGGAACAGAAAUUAUAACUGAAGAAGAGAAUCAAAAUCGUUUGGAAGAGUUACGAGUUAAAGUGAUUGAUGAAGAAAACGAAGAAAAUUCCUUAUCAAGACAAGAAAUAUUGUUACGAAACGAAGCUCGCAAGGGAAUGAACGACGAUGAAGCUGAAUUCUCAGUAGAAUCAAGAUUAGAUCCACAAAUGCAUCUGUGGUCCGACAAGUAUCGUCCACGUAAGCCUCGAUACUUUAAUCGAGUUCAUACUGGAUUUGAAUGGAAUAAAUACAAUCAAACACAUUAUGAUAUGGAUAAUCCGCCACCGAAGAUUGUUCAAGGAUACAAAUUCAACAUUUUCUUUCCUGAUUUAAUAAACAAAAGUUCAACUCCACAAUACUUCUUGACACCGUGUACCGACAAUGCUGACUUCGCAAUUUUAAAAUUCCACGCAGGUCCGCCUUACGAAGAUAUUGCAUUUAAAAUAGUUAACCGCGAAUGGGAAUUCAGUUACAAAAGAGGUUUCCGUUGCCAGUUCCAAAACAAUAUAUUCCAAUUGUGGUUUCACUUCAAACGUUAUCGCUAUAGACGUUGA